UUUAAUCGCCGGGUAAUUUUCUUAAUUGUCUUUUAAAUAUAUUCAAUAAUUAACGCUAAUGAUUUACCCUAUUUUUGUUUGCUUUCUAAUCAUUGGGCAGGCCAACACCCCUAUACAAUAAAUAUAUCACGCUCGCUAUACGGGUAGGAUUCCUUUAAAAAGUGUUACAAGAAGUCAAAAAGUCGUGCUCUUUUUAAGGGGGGUCAACCACCCCACGUUAAACUUGCACGUGUCGAAUCCCCGUUCAAUGCAACGGACCUGUUCGAUGAUCAAAUUCAAAUCACAAACACACCCAUCUCGAUUUAACUGGACCGCUGUUUGAGCCCUCAAUGUGAGAGCUCGUUCCAGCUAACCAGACCGAUCUUAAAUUAGCCCCGUUGUCUGAGUUAGGUCGAGUAAAUGGUUGGUCUUCUAGACAUCCACAAUGCUCAAGGUCAUUAUAGUCGUAGUGGUGGUAUUACGAGUCCGAGUUGCGCGGGGAUCGAGUUGGAUUUAGUUACUCGAAGGGUGCGCACCACUUACUUUUCUCCCUCAGUCGAAGGAACCCCUUUAAACGGGGAUAUGUUGUUACAAGAUUCACUUCCUGGUUAGUGGUGGUGAUUAGUGGGUGUCCGAGAAGAGGACAAAUGUGAGUUAACGGGUAUAAGUAGUUUACUCGUGGAUUACAAGGACAACUUAUUGCUGUAGCGCUAAUAAGCACAUCUCUUCAAAAUAGCGCCAUUGCCACCAAUGACAACGUUAAACUUUCGAUAUCCAUACACAUCGCAGUUCAAAUCAUCAGGGAACGGACCCCAUCAAGCUUCAACUAUGUCUUCCCAACGUUUUUGUUUACGAUGGAACAACCAUCAGUCAAAUUUACUAUCAGUAUUCGAUCAGUUACUUCACGACGAAAGUUUCGUAGACGUUACGUUAGCAGUCGAGGGACAGUUAUUGCGCGCUCACAAAAUGGUCUUGUCGGCGUGUAGUCCGUACUUUCAGGCAUUAUUCGUCAAUCACCCCGAUAAGCAUCCGAUUGUCAUUCUAAAAGACGUUCCGUAUAACGAUAUGCGAAGUCUGCUCGAUUUCAUGUACAGAGGGGAGGUGAGCGUCGACCAGGAACGAUUAACCGCCUUUCUGAGAGUCGCCGAAAGUUUACGGAUAAAAGGAUUGACGGAAGUGAACGAAGAAAAAUGUGAUACUAUUACUUCAUCCCUAAUGCAGCAGCAGCAGCACAACCAAAUAAACAAUAACCCCCUCCCCCACCUGCAAAGGUUACAGCCGCAAAAGCGAUUCGGCGCCACCUUAAAUAUGCUCGGGAACGCGUUACUACAACCAAAGAGGAAACGGGGCCGGCCGAGGAAGUUAUCGGGCAGUUCGAACGGCGUCGACGACUACGAUCGGUCCGACUCUUUAAUUCAGGGCAGUCCGGAGAUGUUGGAGGUCAAGAUGGGCAUGGACGGCUUCACGGGCAACAACUCGGAUUCGAGUAGUGGCAAACCGGAAGAUAGAGAUACUGAUGGCGAUGUUAAGAUUAAGUCUGAACCUGUACCUGGUACGUCGAAGGAGCCGAUCUUCAAUAAUGCUGUUACGAAGAACUCCGAAGAAUUUACGUCCUCAGAUUCCGUCACGGAUAAGCUGACGCCGAAGGUGGAGCUGCUAGUACCGAAAACGGAGCCGAACACUCAGAUAACCGAAAACAAUUCCCCCGCGACUACGCCCGAUAACAUAAACAAUAAUAACAAUAACAAUACAACGCCAUCUGUGACACCUACGUUAACGACGACCGCCAUGAGUGCGCCGCCCGUGCGUCAACCCGUCAAACGGAGGGCGCGGCGUAGAGCGACGUCGCAAAGCCAGGAUCCCGCCGAACAGCUAACGGAAAUGUCAGUUAGAGGAUUAAAUUUAUUUAGAUACGCCUCGAUAAACGAGGGCGUUUAUCAAUGUACAGAAUGUGCAAAAGUAGAUGUACAAAAAACAUUUAAAAAUAAGUAUAGCUUUCAACGACACGCCUUCUUGUAUCACGAGGGCCAUCAAAGAAAAGUAUUUCCAUGUCCGGUAUGCCAAAAAGAGUUUUCGAGGCCAGAUAAAAUGAAAAACCACAUGAAAACCGUUCACGACUGUUUCAUGCCGAAAGAUUGCGUUUUUCCGAUGGGAUUUUUUCUCCCGCCGGAGAACAUGCUCGAAUCAAACGUAUACACUCCAGACAUGCAGGUACAACAAGAUUAGCGUAGUAGUUCAAAACUAAGAGAAAAUCUCAACUUAUAGAACAAACCAAAUUAUCUGAUGGUUUAACCAUAUAGCGUUUCGGUGAUAGAAUACAAUUCAGAGUGACUCAUUUAUCUGUAGCUUUUCUCGAUUAGGUUCGAAGCGCCGACGAAAAUGUGUGAUAAAUAACUCACCCUGUAUCUACCAACCAAUAUGUACAACUGAUAUGCUAACGUUGGCAUUAAUCACUUGUGAUUAACCGUUUGGUUAAAAAGGACCUUAAAAAGGUAAUUUAGUUAAAAAAUAUUAACAGAAACUGCAUAGCAGUGAUUAAUCCAAACAAACACAAAAUUACUAACGGAUUUUACAAAUUUAAUUUUUUUUCUUUAAAAAAAUUUUUACUUUAGAUUUGGUUUGGAUAGAACUUUAGGGGUUUUGCAAAUAUCUAGUUUAGAGUUAUGUUUUAGUUGUUAAUAACAAACAAAAAUUUAUAUAUCUAGUAUUUACAUUAUUAAAUACUUAAUAUUAGAGUAACCAGAAUUUAUUGACUGCACACGGUAGACAAUAAUAUUGUUAUAUAUAUAUUUAUAUGAACGGCCGUAAAAACGCACAAUUGUAACAUAGUUAAUAUUUUUCGCAUUGAAAUAUUUAAGUAGGUGUUGGGGAAUAACGGAGAAAAGCUCAUGUUGUUAGCUAAAAGUUUUCAUAGAGCACAAAAUGUAGUUUUAUUUGCUGUUUGUUUUUCUAUAUUCUCUAUUGUAAAUUUUUUGAUUUUUUGUUGUGAUUUUAAUCGAUAAGCAAUUAAGUCGACUUUGUUAAAAACAUUUUAUAUGUCUGUUCGAUAUUUAAUAUCUUUAGUUUGCAAUAGUCGAGAAUGUUGACAAUAGCUGUGUAAUAAUUUUUUUGUUUAGUUAGUGUUUUUUUUUAAUCAUUUUAUCUUGGCUUAUGGCCAGUUGUCACAGUUCUUCCAUGUUAGGCUCGAGCCGUCGUAUAAAAUGCGGAGGAGCCUUAAUUAAGGAACUAAAAGUAAGUGCAAUUAAUAUAGAAAUUUAUUACUAACAAGUUAUUUAGAAUUUAAAUCGAUCUUCUUUAUUUUUGUUGCAAAUUUGAGAAAUUUGCCUUUUGUUAUGCACACAGAAUUUAUCAAUGUUGACAACCUUAUUAACAAUUUACAUCGGCUACCUAUCCGAGUUGCACAUUGUUUUCUAAGAAUUGUCCUUUUUAAAUAAUGAUAUGAACUUAGUUGCGUAUUCGUACGUGGAAAAUUUUUAGACUGACUAAUGUACCUUUAAACAAUUUUUUUAUACAGGAUAAGUUCCUUUAGUGAAAGAAUGGGUAACUUGGGUC